AAUCUCAUGCGCAUUCGAGCAGCAUUGCUGCAGAGGCUGAACCCAAAACGACGACGAAAACGUCACGUGGCGCAGCAGUAGUUAGCGUGCCGUCGCCGGCGCACGUUAGCUAUCUUCCGGAACUGUUUUUCAGUUAAUUCUUCGUCUGUUUCUUUCUCUUAAGACAAAGGAAAGCUAUAUCACAAAGGGAUAAGAAUACAAGUGCCGAAAGUAACAAAACCCCAAAUUAAAGAAAAAGAGCAGGAUUUCCGAUUUCCACCUUUAAAUAGCAGCCAAAAUCCGAAGGAAAGAAAUUAUAGGUGCUGUAUUUGUACAAGGAAAACGAGAGCUAGCAAUGGCGGUUUCGUUGUACGGCUUAUUUUGUUUGCUGUUGCUGACGACGACGUCGUUCUGUUUUGCCGCCAACGUGACGUACGAUCACCGCGCGCUGGUGAUAGACGGAAAGCGGAGGGUUCUCGUCUCCGGCUCCAUCCACUACCCGCGCAGCACUCCUGAUAUGUGGCCGGACUUGAUACAGAAAUCCAAAGACGGAGGAUUGGAUGUGAUAGAGACUUACGUUUUCUGGAAUUUGCAUGAACCAGUUCGCGGCAAGUAUGAUUUUGAAGGCAGAAAUGAUUUGGUGAAAUUUGUGAAGUUGGUGAAGGAGGCUGGUCUGUUUGUUCAUUUACGAAUCGGUCCCUAUGUCUGUGCUGAAUGGAAUUAUGGUGGAUUUCCUCUUUGGCUGCAUUUUAUACCUGGAAUCAAGCUCCGGACAGAUAAUGAGCCUUUCAAGGCUGAAAUGAAGAGAUUCACAGCCAAGAUUGUGGACUUGAUGAAACAAGAAAAUCUGUAUGCAUCACAGGGAGGCCCCAUAAUUUUGUCUCAGAUAGAAAAUGAGUAUGGAAAUAUUGAUUCUGCUUAUGGUGGUGGUGCUAAACCGUACAUAACCUGGGCUGCAACAAUGGCCACCUCACUGAAUACAGGAGUGCCCUGGGUUAUGUGCCAGCAAAAAGAUGCUCCUAAUCCUAUUAUUGACACUUGCAAUGGGUUUUACUGUGACCAGUACACCCCAAAUUCCAAUAACAAGCCAAAAAUGUGGACGGAAAACUGGAGCGGAUGGUUCUCUUCAUUCGGUGAUCCUCUGCCAUAUAGACCUACGGAAGAUGUUGCUUUUGCUGUUGCACGCUUUUACCAGCUCGGGGGAACCUUCCAGAACUAUUACAUGUACCACGGUGGGACUAACUUUGGUCGCUCGAGUGGUGGACCUUUCAUUACCACAACCUAUGAUUAUGAUGCUCCAAUUGAUGAGUAUGGCCUUCUGAGGCAACCAAAAUGGGGUCACUUGAAAGAUGUACACAAGGCUAUAAAACUUUGUGAAGAGGCAAUGGUGGAAACUGAUCCAAAAACCACAUCUCUCGGUUCAAAUUUGGAGGCUAGUGUAUAUAAAACAGAAUCAGGAAAGUGUGCUGCUUUUCUUGCAAAUGUUGGCACACAAUCGGAUGCCACGGUGAAGUUCAAUGGAAAUUCCUAUAGUUUGCCUGCUUGGUCUGUCAGCAUCUUACCUGACUGCAAGAAUGUGGUCCUCAAUACUGCAAAAAUAAAUUCAAUGUCAACUGUUACGAAGUUCGUUCAUCAGUCUUCAGAAGAUGGUGCUACAGAAACAGAUGCAUUCUCAGGUUGGAGUUGGAUCUACGAACCUGUAGGUAUAUCCAGUAAUAAUGCGUUCACAAAACCUGGGCUGCUGGAGCAAAUAAACACAACUGCUGAUCAAAGUGACUAUCUUUGGUAUUCUCUGAGCAUUGAAAUGAAAGGGGACGAGCCUUUUCUUGAAGACGGGUCUCAGGCAGUCCUUCAUGUGGAUUCUCUAGGCCAUGCACUUAAUGUUUUUAUCAACGGGAAAGUUGCAGGGGGUGGCAAUGGGCGAAACAGUAACCCUAAAGUCUCAUUAGAUGUUCCCGUAAGCCUUGUUCCGGGUAAAAAUAAUAUUGAUCUCUUGAGUUCAACAGUGGGAUUGCAGAACUAUGGAGCAUUCUUCGAUUUGAAAGGUGCUGGAGUUACAGGGCCAGUCCAGUUAAAAGGCCUAAAAAAUGGAUCUACGGCUGAUCUGUCCUCUCAGCAGUGGACAUAUCAGAUUGGUCUAAAAGGGGAAGGGCUAGGCCUUUCGACUGGAAGCUCCUCACUUUGGGUGUCACAGCCUGCCUUGCCCAAGAAUCAACCACUGGUCUGGUACAAGACAACUUUUGAUGCCCCCUCCGGAAGCAGCCCGGUGGCAUUGGACUUCACAGGACUUGGGAAGGGUGAGGCAUGGGUAAAUGGACAGAGCAUUGGGCGUUAUUGGCCUACUAAUAUUGCCUCAAGCAAUGGCUGCACCAACUCUUGCAAUUACAGAGGAUCUUACAGCUCUAACAAAUGUCUGAAAAACUGUGGGAAGCCUACUCAGCUGCUGUACCACGUGCCCCGUUCGUGGCUAAAGCCAAGUGGAAACUUGCUAGUGUUGUUCGAGCAGGCAGGGGGAGAUCCUACAAAGCUAUCUUUUGCAACUAGAGAGGUGCAAAGCAUAUGCUCUCGCGUCUCAGAGUCACACCCGAUUCCUGUGGAGACGUGGACUGCAGACGAGGAAACGAGGAAAAGGACAGGGCCAACUCUGUCCCUGGGUUGCCCUCAUCCACAUCAGGUCAUAUCUAAGAUCAACUUCGCCAGCUUUGGUACUCCUCAUGGAUCGUGUGGGAGUUUCAGCCACGGCCGAUGCAGCAGCGAAAGAGCUCUCUCCAUUAUUGAAAAGGCUUGCGUAGGAUCAAGAAGCUGCAGCGUUGGAGUAUCGGUUAAUACGUUUGGCGAUCCCUGUGCAGGAACUGCUAAAACCUUAGCUGUGGAAGCUUCUUGUGCAUAGUCUGUUACAAAAUAUGAAGUUGUUCACACAAUUAUUGAAACAAUAAAUAAAAAAGGCAACCUUUUCUUAGUA